CUUUAACUAACCCAGUCAAUAAAGAAACAAUUUGUUUGUAUGACAAAAACAAUAAUAACCUAAGUCAAACAACUGUUCGCAAAUUUGAUUAGGAAAAAAACGUGCUUUCAAAAAUAUGUUCUACGCUUGGAAAUGGCGGGAAAGGGAAACGAAAAUACCGGUGGAGACUUCAGUUUCUCGGGCUGCUGCGGCGCGUGAUGCGCUUCCGAGGAUCACGACAGAGAAGGGCGGCAAAUCUACAGACGUGUGCCACGACGACACCGCACCGCGGGUCAACUUUCAGACCAUCGACGAGCUUCACAGUCUCCAGAAGAAACGAUCUGCCCCGACCACUCCUCUUAGAGAUGGCAGUGCCAGCGGAGUCAGCGGAACUAGUGGUCCGACCACUCCUGUCUCCAGCGAGACCAUGCUUCAAUCCGUCAGUGCAUCGUUGGCUUCGUUGACGAGAGAGACGGGACCGAAGUUAAUAAGAGGAGAUCCAACGUCGGCAGCGAACGUGGCACACGUGCCAGUGACUCCUACGUCACUUCCGACUGCUGACGUCAGCGACAGUGGCUUGAAGUUCACUCACAUCCUUCACAACCUCUCUCCCGCCGGUAACAACCCCCUAAACGUCACCGUUUUAAAUCAAGGGCCUAAUUUGAUUUUGAUCGUUGUGACAUCGACCGGUGCGUUGGCUACAUUGUCCGGAGCCAAAACCGGUCGGUCUCCUAAAGACAAGCGUGUGGUUAAGGAUGAGACCACUGAGGCCGAGCUCUGGUGGGGGAAAGGAUCACCAAACAUUGAAAUGGAUGAGCAAACUUUUUUGGUGAACCGAGAGAGAGCUGUUGAUUACUUAAACUCCUUGGACAAGGUGUUUGUGAAUGAUCAAUACCUAAACUGGGAUCCAGAGAACAGAAUCAAAGUGAGAAUUGUUUCAGCAAGAGCUUACCACUCACUAUUCAUGCACAACAUGUGUAUCCGUCCAACACCUGAGGAGUUAGAGAAUUUCGGGACACCCGAUUUCACGAUUUAUAACGCGGGGAAAUUCCCGUGUAACCGUUUCACUCAUUACAUGACAUCGUCGACGAGUGUGGACAUAAACCUAGGAAGAAGAGAGAUGGUGAUUCUAGGUACACAAUAUGCUGGAGAAAUGAAGAAAGGACUAUUUGGUGUGAUGCAUUAUUUGAUGCCUAAGAGAAAGAUUUUGUCACUUCACUCUGGUUGUAACAUGGGAAAAGAUGGAGAUGUUGCUCUCUUUUUCGGACUUUCUGGAACCGGAAAGACUACAUUGUCGACUGAUCAUAACCGAUAUUUGAUCGGAGAUGAUGAACAUUGUUGGAGUGAGACUGGAGUUUCGAAUAUCGAAGGUGGUUGUUACGCGAAAUGCAUUGAUUUGGCAAGAGAGAAAGAGCCUGAUAUCUGGAACGCUAUCAAGUUUGGAACCGUUUUGGAGAAUGUUGUGUUUGAUGAGCAUACACGAGAAGUGGAUUACACAGACAAAUCGGUGACGGAGAACACACGUGCAGCUUAUCCGAUGAGUACAUUCCGAACUCGAAGAUACCGUGCGUUGGACCACACCCGAAGAACUGGCUACACUGCUCUCGUUGCAGGAACAGAGGAAGGAGUUAAGGAGCCUCGAGCGACAUUCUCAGCUUGUUUUGGUGCUGCUUUCAUUAUGCUUCACCCAACCAAGUACGCUGCUAUGUUGGCUGAGAAAAUGCAGGCUCAAGGAGCCACCGGUUGGCUUGUUAACACCGGAUGGUCUGGUGGAAGCUAUGGAUCUGGAAGCCGAAUCAAGUUGGCGUAUACACGAAAGAUUAUCGAUGCAAUACAUUCGGGAGUUCCUUCAGAAAUACUGGAACCUAUUAAUGCCUGGGAAGACAAAAUGGCUUAUGAGGACACAUUGUUGAAAUUGGCUGGUUUGUUUAAAAGCAAUUUUGAGACAUUCACAAGUCAUAAGAUUGGUGAUGAUGGAAAAUUGACUGAAGAGAUUCUGCAGCUGGUCCUAACUUCUGAGUGAUUGAAGAUGAUGAUGAAAAACAAACAUUUUUUCGAACC